GUUGUUGAACGUGUGACCGUGAAGUGUCCGCCAUAUUUUUUUUACUUAAAUUUUAAUUUAGUGUGUAAUUGUUAAGUAGCAAAGGUUUAAUAUCGUUUUCUAGUGUUUUGUUUACAAAUGGCUAAAGUGUAUAGUUUUUGGAAUGUAUUUUUCCUUGUUUUCGUUACGAACCCUAUAUUCACGGCGGUUGUGAGAGAAGAGGAAGGAACCUGCAGUCCUGGUGAAUUACAAUGCAGCGAUGGAUCUUGUGUAACCACGGAUAGGAUAUGCGAUGGUCUACCUGACUGUCCCCUUCGAGAAGAUGAGCAAUAUUGUGACGGCGUCUCACAAUCGCUCAUGUCAAGAUCUAGGAGACAGGCGACUUCCAAGUGUCGUAAGAACCAAUGGCAGUGUCGGGACACAAGUUGUAUAAGUUUUGACGGUAAAUGCGAUGGUGUUAUUGAUUGUCCUGAUGGUAGUGACGAGACAUACCCACUUUGCAGAUCUGAGAAAUGCCAGAGUAACUGGUUCAGAUGUACUUACGGUGCUUGUGUAGAUGGCACCGCACCCUGCAAUGGUAUACAAGAGUGCGCUGAUAAUUCUGACGAACUGCUCCCCAGAUGUAGAAAUGAGACUGAUGAAGUUUCGGGUCAAUUCCAAUGUGAUAAUGGUCAGUUAAUAUCCGGCUUCAACCAUUGCGAUGGUGUUGCUGAUUGCAGCGAUGGUUCAGAUGAGACUGUUAAAGCUUGUGCAGCGAAAGUCUGCCCUAAUUAUUUAUUUCAAUGCGCUUACGGCGCAUGCGUAGAUCAGGGUGCUGAUUGUAAUGGGAUUAAAGAAUGCGCUGACAAUUCUGAUGAAUCUGAUGAACUUUGUAACAGAAUAACUGGACCAGUAACAACUACAGCCAAACCUUUAGCUACUGGUCCUUGUGUACUCCCUCCAUACCCUGACCACGGUUCAUAUGUGGUACGAGGAGCACCCACAGCAUCUCCAGGGCAGGGUUUCAAGAGUUUCGCUCUUACUGUCAGUUGUUACCCAGGUUAUGCACUGGAUGGUCCUGAAUCUGUCCUAUGCUUCGAUGGGACAUGGGUACCUCCGAUGCCUAAAUGUAUACGUUAUUGCAAAUUACCACCACAUCCAAGCGUGGAAUACCGCUGUCUGCUCUCAGAUCAGGCAGGAGUCGAAGGAAGUAGACCUUGCAAGGAAUAUGAACCGACUGGUACAGUUGUGAAACCUGAAUGUAGAAGUCCUAACUACUACGCUUCAGGGACUUUGACCUACAUGAGAUGCUCCGAAGGCACCUGGGAUUAUAUCGCUCUUUGUUCACCAGAAUGCGGCAGGGUAACGCCGGAAGGGGAAUUCCUUAUUAUCAACGGUACUAAUGCCGAGCGGGGUGAGUUACCCUGGCACGCAGGGAUUUACACAAAAGCGACUACACCAUACAUGCAGAUAUGCGGGGGAUCACUUGUCACCACUAAUGCUGUUAUAUCCGCCGCUCAUUGCUUUUGGGAUGACGCACAAAAGCAGCGCCCCUCAGAGCUCUACGCGGUUGCUGUGGGCAAGCUCUACCGCCCGUGGAAUUUGAAUGUAGAUGUCGACGCACAAAAGAGUGAUGUAAAAGACAUCAAAAUCCCGCCUCGUUUUCAAGGAGCAGCAUCAAAUUUCCAGGACGAUAUAGCUCUAGUUAUAUUGAAGACUAGAAUAGAAUACAAAUAUUACGUGAGACCGGUGUGCUUGGAUUUUGAUAUUAACUUUAAUAGACGUCAGUUGCAGCCGAAUAAGUUGGGAAAGGUGGCUGGGUGGGGUCUUACAUCAAUAAACGGAGUAGCAGCGGGCACGUUACAAGUUGUCAACAUUCCGUAUGUAUCUAUAGAGAAAUGCAUCGCCACCGCACCUCCUGGCUUCAGAGAAUACAUCACUAGUGAUAAAAUAUGUGCAGGAUACGAUAAUGGUACCGCUCUCUGCAAAGGUGAUAGUGGGGGUGGGCUAGCGUUUCCCGAAUUAGACAAAGGUAUAGAGAGAUUUUAUCUCCGUGGUGUCGUAUCUACUGCACCUAGCAACGAAAAUCUUUGCAACGCCAAUACUUUGACAACAUUCACUCAUUUAUUAAGCCACGAACAUUUUAUAAAGGAGCAUUUGCAAUUGGACUAGACGUACAUUACGAGAAUUUUCUUUUGAAUAUUCUAAUAUUCGUCCAUAAUCAGUACCGCAUCUGUCAAAGUGUCAAAAAAGACAACUGGAACUGUACCGGUGGUACAUAUUUUUUAUGGUAUCGAGUUGGCUACCCCUGACUUAUAACAAUGAACACUGGAGAGUAUUUGGUAUUCUGCGUAUGGCUGAGAAUAUCUGUGCCAUAAAAUAAAAAAAACAAAAGCGUUUUGUUU